AUGUCUGGUGACUUCCCGUUUGCGGCGAAAGUAGUCACUCCAUUAAAAUGUAAUGAGAAGCCAUGGGAUCUGUGGGUGAGUGAAAUCGGCCACUUGUCUCCUCGUAGAGACAACGAUGGCACUUUCACGACCCCUGCGGCGGUGGACGGAAAGAGCUCUUCCACACGCCGUGUUCACGAAGCUCACCCUUACAAGGUUGCAGAUCGAGGCCAGGCGCGCUACCGUCGCGCAGGCCUCAAUCGCCUUAAAUAUGAGAGUAUGAGCCUUCACGGCUUGUUCCCACAGAUGGACAAUCUCAAUGCUGCUGUGUGUCAUAUGUGUGGAGAAAUAGUGAAGUGUAGUGCUGCGUACAGACAUUUACUGGAAUCCCACAACGGUGCUGAGCCAAUUCUUCCACCUCCACCUCCAACAGUAAAGCUAAAAUCUGUUCCUAGUAGAAGUAGACAUAAGAAGGAACCACCUCCUCCACCUCCUGUAGAAAUUCACCCUAUGAAGUUGGAGAACUCCCCAGUGCCGGCUGCUGCUCCUAUAUCUAGGAUAGUACUGCCACAACCUGAUUUACAGUACCUGGAAGAAGCUAGUACCUCAUCAGCAAUAACUGGUGAAGUACAAAUAAGUAUGGAAAGUGGAGAGUUACCUGUUGUUAGUAUACAAGAUACAGAAGAUUUACCCCUCGGGGAAAACCUAACGGAUGAUAUUUUUGCAAUAAUGAACUCUGAAGGUAUUCAGAGUGCAGAUGACAUUACAAAUGCUGCAGAUUGGAAGAGUAUAAUUAAGGAUAUACAUGAGAUUAAUUUUCCUAUUACAACAGAUACCAUACAGCCACCAGAUUUGUAUUCAGCAACAUUAGAUCCAUCAUUAGCUGGAUUCCCUAUUCCAGAUACUGAUUUAACAAAUAUAACUUUUUCUCAAACCACUGCACCUAUGGUUGCAGUUGUAGAUAAUAUACAAAAUGCUCAAGUUGUUAAAGCACCGGCAACGCCAACCACAAAAACGCAGACGCGCAAAACGAAAUUUAACUUACGCGAAUACGAUCCGAACAAGCAUUGCGGUGUAGUUACAGCAGAAAACCCAAAGCCUUGCACACGAUCUUUGACAUGUAAGGCACAUGCUCUUUCACUGCGGAGGACGGUGGAAGGUAGGGCAAAGCCCUUCGACACGUUAUUAGCUGAGCAUCGAGCAUCCCGUGACGCAGCGGCUGCGGGAAAUACAUACACUCCUCCAGUCAGUCAUACUCCUGUACCGGCCGUGGCUGCCCCUGCUCCGACCACGCCUGUUAAUCUCCCACCGCUCCUAGUCAAUACGUCCAUAGACCUCAGCUUGUUUAACGGUUUAGCCACCGAGCAACAAAGCAAUGACCUUUACGCGAGUUGGCUGAAUGUAGAGGACCCAGUCCUACCUGAUACAUCUAGCAUUACCUCUCUGCUUAGUCAACCCUUACCGACUGAUCCUUUUCUGUUACCAGACGACGCAGAAAUUCCUAUAGAGGUCCCCGUACACAGUAUAGCAUCGGCGCCGCAACCCACUCCACCUAUUAAAGAAGAAAAGCCUGAUGGUCCACCUAUCUUGAUUCCCAGCGAUGUAUGCUGGUAUAGUUCGUGUCCUCGACCUCUUGCUCUAUGCACAUUUAACGCUUCUCAUGCAGGCAGCGCAAUUACUUUAGGUAAGAAAUUCGCGACUGUGCGUAGCAACAUUAAGUCAUCAUUAACCCGGUCAACGAAAGCCUCAGGUGUGACGAACAAUUUUUAUAAUCAGAGUUUAUCUCUAACAAAGACUCUACACAUGAAUAACACUAAUAAACCAAACAAACCUGAAGUGCGCAAACUAAUAGUGACAUGUUCAAAUAGUAGUGGUAAUAAAGAUGUGCAACAGACGUUUAGUGAUUUGUUUGCUGGUGAUGUGCGACAUACUUUAAAUGGACAUAUAGGACACUCGGAACGCAAGCCGCGCGCUUCCUCUAUCAAAGCAGCCAAGCGGCCCUCUGGAGCGAUGCUAGAUCUAGGUUUUUCUUUUGACCCAUUGCUCGCUGAUGAAAAAUGCUGA